AUGAUGGAGACCUCGGUGACGUUUAUGGUGGUGAUGGAGACGCACAGAGGAGAAGAGCUGGCAGGCGUGGCCACUGCUUGGAUGUGGGUGUUACAGCAGCAACAGGGAACUCAGUCAGACAUCCAAGGCAGACCUGAGGGCAAAGAGCAGGUGGCGCUGGUGAUUGGGGGCAUCAUUGGGGGUCUGCUGCUGCUGGGUGUGAGCUGCUGCUUCUGGAGGAGGUUUUGUGCCACAGUCGCCUACAAGGAGCUGCCCCACACCGAGGCUGCCUCCCCCCGGCAGGGACACAAGCUCUGCCCCCUGCAUGCCAGGACCCAGACAAGCAGGCCACCAGAUGUGCCAUUUGUGGUGCCCCCUUCCCUUCAAAGCCAAGACUGGGUGCCCCUGCACAGCACAGAAUGGGCCCAGGUGCAACAGGACCCCUGCCCAGCCUCGGAGCUCGUCCCCAACACCACCGGCAACAACCUUGAUGUGUGUGUGGUGGGGACCAUCAACCCAGAGCUGUACAAGUUUCCGGAGGACAAGAGUGAGACCGACUUCCCAGAGGGUUGCCUGGGGCGGCUGUGGUUCUCUGUGGAAUACCAGUGGGAGGCUGAACGACUGCAGGUGGGCCUGAUCAAGGCACAGCGGCUCCAAGCCCCCUCAGAAACCUGCAGCCCCCUGGUGAAGCUCCACCUGCUGCCAGACAAGCGACGCUUCCUCCAGUCCAAGACCAAACGCAAAACCUCCAACCCACAGUUUGAUGAGCACUUCGUCUUCCAGGUGUCCAGCCAGAGUGUCACUCAGAGGGUGCUGAGAUUCUCGGUGUACCAUGUGGACAGUCGGAGGAAGCAUCAGCUCCUGGGUCAGGUGCUGUUCCCCCUGAAGAAUGAAGCCCUGGGGGCCGACUGUGGGCGCAUUCUCUGGAGAGACCUGGAGGCCGAGAGCCUGGAGCCUCCUUCGGAGUUCGGGGACCUCCAGUUCUGCCUCAGCUACAAUGACCGCCUGAGCCGCCUCACCGUGGUCGUGCUGCGAGCCCAGGGCCUGAAGCUCCAGGACCACAGGAGUUUUGCCAGGGUGUUUGUUCAAGUGUCACUGAUGAACCACAACAAGUUUGUCAAGUGCAAGAAGACGUCGGCCGUGCUGGGCUCUGCCAACCCCGUGUACAGUGAGACCUUCAGCUUCAAGGCUGACCCCAAGGAACUGGACACGGCCAGCCUGAGCCUGACUGUGCUGCAGAGCGCCCCCGGGGAUGGGCCAGGAGAGGUUGCUGAGCACUCAGAGAGCCAGCAGCUGGGCCGGGUGGUGGUGGGCCCCUACAUGUACGCCCGGGGCAAGGAGCUGGAGCACUGGACCACGAUGCUCAGCAAGCCCAGGGAGCUGGUGAAGCGCUGGCACGCCCUCUGCUGCCCCGCGGAGUCCUGACCUCCGGACCUCCUGACCCGCGGACUCUCCACAGCCCUGGGAGAGUUCUACCUUCCAGCCUCUCACUGGACUGUGGGGCCCACCUGAGCCAGGGGGUGUGAGUGCUGACAUGGGGGAGAGAGGUGACUACUCCCCAGCCUGGGAGACCUUCCCAGCUCACUCCAGCUCCCUUCCUAAGGCUGCCUGGGUCCGAGCAGUCUUGCAUUCAUUCCUUGCAUUCAU